AUGGAGCAAAUAGAAGGAAAUAUUGAAUUAAGACAUUUACCUGUAACAGUCACUCAAAAUAUUAUUAAACUUCUUGAUGGAGAUGAUUCAAUAUUAAGCAUUCUUAUGGGAAACAUCACUAAAGAUUUAACUAACCCAAAAAGUGAAUUAAGAUUCACAUCAGCUGAUAUUGAUUCCAUUCGUAGUCAUUCGCAAACAUUGAUGAAAUCACCUGUUCUAAUUCUUAUUGAUGAAUGGAGUACAAUGGGAAAAAUACGUCCAAAUUUACAUCAUUUUCAAGCGCUUUUAAUUAAAUGUCAAUUAUUUAGAGCUGCUGAUUAUGUGGCUCAACUUAUGGGAGAAGCCGAACCUGAGAGGCCACUCGACGGACCAGCAGCAAAAGUGGACUUGAAAAUUCCUGGAGAAGUUGAAGAUAUUGUAAAUGGAAUGGAUUAUCCUUAUAGUGAUGUGCAAGCAAAUUUGAAUAAAGCAGAAUACAAUCGAACAUUUAAUGUGCCAGCAAUGAACUUUGGUCCUCCCAGUUCAAAUGUAGAAAACAUAACAAUUCCUUUUAUUCGUCCUCCAUCAACCAUAAGAAUGGCUUCAAGCCGAUUAUUUAACAAUACAGCAUCGAAAUCGGAUCUUAUAAAAUUCUCCAAUUCCAAUGUUUUUGCAUCGAAGCCACAACCAUCAACUUUAAAUAAAUCGGAGGUGUUCAUGCCAGCAUUGAGUGCUUUACAAGAGACAAAAAUCGAAUCAAUGAAUCAUCAAAAUUCAUCUCAUGAGGAUUCGAAUAAUAUUCCUGCAUUUUCCGGCCUUAUUGGAAUUUCUGGUGAUAGUACAACAAAAGAACAACUUCCAGCUGUCCUACAUGAAGAAAUCUCUUCAGAAUCAUUAGGCAAUAAUAGAAGCAACCAACAAAACUCAGAAGAAAAUAUUAUUCCUGUGUUUAGUCAGUUAUUAAAUAAUGUGUCAUCAAAUGUAAAUCUUAAGCAUUCACAGAAUCAUUCCUCAGAAAGUUCAACUGAUUCCGAAACAACAAACAAUUGA